AUUAAAACGAAAAUAAAAUUUGGGUUACCUUAAUGCAAGCCCUGUCUCAUCCUCCCCAAUGCUUCUGCAAUACCCACAUUUGAAGUCAAACCAAGUUUCAGCAGCCUCUUCCCUCUUCUAGACAUCUCAACUUUGAUGCUCUCCUGUCAAGCCAACGAGCUGGUAUUGAAUCUUUUGCUGAAAGCUCAUAAAAGCCCAUUACAAGUUCGAGAAUUUAGCCGUAUUUCCAGGAGGUUUUGCCUUUGGUCUCACCAAAUUUAAGAAUUGACGAAUCUAAUCUUGUUGGUUGAUAGCAGUGAGCCAGAAAUGAUCCUAUUCAUGGGAUUUAAAGCAUCUAGUUGGGCACUUGGUGGAAGAAGUUAAGGAGUUCCAAGUUUGAUUAUGAGUUUGACAACUCAAUGGAGAAACUUCAGCUUAGGAUAACCCCAUGAUGGAGGGAUCAAAUAAUUGGAUUUCCAAAAGGCUUGUUAACUGUUUCAUCCUUUGCCUCUUCCUGUUUUCCCGAUCAACUGGUGCACAAAAAGGCUUCAUCAGCAUACAGUGCUGUGCUGAUUCAAGUUUUACAGAUCUAAGUACCAAAAUAACUUGGACAACAGAUAGUGAAUGGUACCCAGAUGGAUCAACCUGCCAAAACAUACCCAGACGAGUGCAAAAUGAUGCAGGCCGUGAAAAGGCUCGUUUUUUCACUUCAAGAUCUGGCAACAAAUGGUGUUAUAACUUAGCAACAGCAACAAAUCAAGAGUAUCUGAUAAGAGGAACAUUCCUUUUUGGAGAUUUGGAGGGGACAUCUCCAGACUCAUUCUUCUUUAAUGUCUCGGUUGGUGUCACACAAAUCGGUACGAUUAGAUCUGGGAGAGAUACAGUAGUGGAGGGAGCUUUCAGAGCUGCUAGUGACUACACAAACUUCUGCAUAGAGAAGGGGAAAGGAGACCCUUACAUUUCAAAGCUUGAAUUAAGGCCUCUGCAUGGUUUAGAUUAUUUGAAGCAAGAGCCAUCUGGUGUUCUGAAACUCAUUGAUAGAGUUGAUGUUGGCAGCAAUGGGCAGAAUAUCAGGUAUCCAAAUGAUCCAUACGAUCGAAUCUGGAGAAAGGAGUUGAAAUCUGAUCAACAGUCCAACUGGACAUUAUCAUCCACUGCCCAAAUGGGGAGUCUUGAAAUAACAGCACCUCCUAUCCAAGUGCUGCAAACAGCUCUAACCCAUCCAGAUGUUUUAAUGUUCCAGCAGGAUAACCUUGGCAACUCCAACUACAAUCUCUACCUAUACUUUCUUGAACUUGAUGAUUCUGUUCAACCAGGGCAAAGGGUGUUUGACAUAAUUAUCAACAGUGAGAGGAGACAGGAGGUUGAUAUAAUGUCUGGGGAAUCAAAUUACAAAGCAGUACCUUUGAACUUCUCUGCAAAUGGGUCUCUUAAUCUGACCUUGGUCAAGGCAUCAAACUCCCAGUUCGGACCCAUUAUUAAUGCUUAUGAGCUCUUGCAGGUGCACCCUUGGACUCCGGGGACUGCUCAAGAAGAUGUGGAUGUGAUUAUGGAGGUUAGGAAAGAGUUACUGAGGGCUAACCAAGACAAUGAGGUCUUGAAGACCUGGUCUGGAGACCCAUGUCUUCGCCUUCCCUGGAAUGGUCUCUCUUGUGAGCCCAAAAAUAAUUCCCUAGUCAUCACUAAAUUGGAUCUGUCUUCCGCUAAUCUCCAAGGAACAAUUCCUUCCAACAUCACCAAGCUGAUCCACCUAAAAGAAUUGAACUUGAGCAACAAUGACUUCACCGGGAUAGUUCCAGAAUUCUCAGUUUCUUCCAUUUUGACAUCAGUGGAUAUAAGGCACAAUGAUCUUACUGGGAAGAUUCCAGAAUCUCUAUCCUCACUUCUAUAUUUGGAGACAUUGUAUUAUGGGUGUAAUUCUCAUUUCAGUGAAGAGUCUCUUGCCAGCCGUAACAGUUCAAAACUUAGAACCGACAAAGGAAGUUGUGGUGGCCAAAAAUCUUCCAACACAGUGAAGCGAAUGGUAAUAGGCAUUGUAGCAGGCGGAUCUCUCCUGCUCUCUCUUGCAGCUGUAAUUUUCUUUGUUUGCCUUUGCAAACAAAAAUCCAUGGCAGGGAGAAAAUUCAACAGCAAGAGGCAUCCAAUGACAAAGAAUGUAGUAUUUUCAAUACCCAGCAUGGAUGACAUUGCCAUGAAGUCAAUAUCAAUACAGAACUUUACCCUGGCUUACAUAGAAGCUGCCACCCAACACUACAAAACAUUGAUAGGUGAAGGUGGUUUCGGAUCUGUUUAUCGUGGUACACUACCAGAUGGUCAGGAAGUGGCAGUAAAGGUCCGCUCAGCCACUUCAACUCAGGGAACUCGAGAAUUUGAUAAUGAGCUAAACCUCUUGUCAGCUAUUCAGCAUGAAAAUUUGGUCCCACUCCUAGGGUACUGUUGCGAAAAUGACCAACAAAUUCUUGUUUAUCCUUUCAUGUCCAAUGGCUCCCUACAGGAUCGCCUUUAUGGGGAGGCAGCAAAAAGAAAGGCUCUGGACUGGCCAACCAGACUUUCCAUUGCUCUUGGUGCUGCUCGAGGUUUGACGUAUCUUCACUCGUUUGCUGGGCGAUGUGUCAUACAUAGGGAUGUAAAAUCAAGCAACAUACUCCUAGAUCAUAGCAUGUGUGCAAAGGUGGCAGACUUUGGUUUUUCAAAAUACGCUCCUCAAGAAGGGGAUAGUGGUGCUUCUCUAGAAGUAAGGGGGACUGCAGGAUACUUGGAUCCAGAGUAUUAUUCUACCCAGCAGUUAUCUGCCAAAAGUGAUGUCUUCAGCUUCGGUGUUGUUUUACUGGAAAUAAUAAGUGGUAGAGAGCCACUUAACAUCCAGAGGCCACGCAAUGAGUGGAGCUUGGUUGAAUGGGCCAAGCCAUAUAUAAGGAAUUCAAGAAUUGAUGAAAUUGUGGAUCCCAGCAUAAAAGGAGGCUACCAUGCAGAGGCAAUGUGGAGGGUUGUGGAGGUAGCACUAACAUGCAUCGAGCCCUUCUCCGCUUAUCGACCAUGCAUGGCUGACAUUGUUCGGGAGUUAGAGGAUGCCUUCAUCAUAGAGAACAAUGCAUCUGAAUAUAUGAAGUCUAUAGACAGCUUUGGAGGAUCCAAUCGCUACUCUAUAGAAAGGCCAACUGUUCUUCCCCCGACUCCAACAUCAACACAGACUUCCUCUAUUCUAUCACAAACCCUUCCUCCACAACCAAGAUAAUUACAAGGGUGGAUGAAAUUUUCUUUUACUGAAGUGAGAUUGAGUUCACAGGUUUAAUUACAAGAGAAUGUCGAUUGAUCCCUCAUUUCUCCUGUACAAGAUGCUAAUGAAACUUGAUGUUCAUUCAAUUUUCUAAGGCAAUAGCAACUCUUGCCAAAUAUGUGAUUUAGCUUAGGGUUUAGGAUUGCUUGUUCCAGUUCUUAAUUUUUGUCUCUGUCUAAUGAUUUGUGACUAUUUGCCCAUAACCGAUAAUGUGGGGAAUGGGGUGUUCAUUCAUAAUGUAUACUUGAGGAAUAUUACAUCUAUUUAAGAAUUUAAGGGCAUAAGCAAGACCUAAA